AUGCCGGCCUGUCGAACUGACUGCAUUGAGAAGCCUUUCUCCAGGUUAUUUGAGAAACUUGGGCAUAUAGUGGGAUGUUCUCCUGAGUGGUUCUUCAUCAUUCCUUUUCUCCUGACCUUGGCAUGCGGAGGAGGUCUGUUUUUUCUGGCUGAGCUCGAGGAUAAUGACAUAGAGAACCAGUUCACACCUAUCGAUGGCUUAUCAAAGGAAGCCAGGCGUUUUGUGAUGAAGCAUUUCCCAAGUAAUGACUCCAUUUUCUCAAGCCAAAGACUCCUCACUGAAGGAAAGUACGCUAUAACAAUCCUGUCUACUGAAAAUGGGGGCAACAUCCUUAAAAAGAGUGCAUUCGAAGAAGUCAUUCGUAUCAAUAAAAAAGUGACCAGUAUUUCAGUGAAGGUUGGACAGAGGCAACUCGGCUUCAAGGAUCUGUGCGCCACCUUGGAUGGACAGUGUGUCAACAAUGCCAUCAUAGACAUCUCUGAAAAUAACACAGACAAACUCGAACAGAUGGAUAUCACAUUUCCAAUGUACACUUUCAAAAGCAAAUCCAUCUUUCUUGGCUCUGAACUUGGUGGUGUGAAAACAUCUGGAAAUACAAUUCAGAAUGUCCAAGCAAUCAGACUGUUCUAUUUUCUAAAAAAUGUCUCUGGUGUAAACAACUGGCUGAAAGAAUUCCAUCAAGUUCUUCAUGCUGAACCAAACAGCAAGGAAGUUAAGAUAUCUCACUUUACUGCACUGUCCAGGCAGGAGGAGGUGCAGAAACACACGACUGACGGCCUCCCGUUUUUCUCCAUCACCUACGUCCUUGCGAUUGCGUUUUCCAUAAUAUCAUGUAUGCGAUUGGAUAACGUGAGGAACAGGCUGUGGGUGGCAUUUGUGGGAGUCCUUUCUGCUGGAUUGGCCGUCAUCAGCAGUUUUGGCUUGCUGCUGUAUGCUGGAGUGCCGUUUGUCAUCACUGUAGCGAACUCGCCUUUCUUAAUUCUGGGCAUUGGCGUUGAUGAUAUGUUCAUCAUGCUGGCCAACUGGCAGCAGACCAACGUCCGAGACAGUGUGGCGAAGCGAAUGGCUGACACUUACAAAGAAGCCGCCAUGUCCAUUACCAUCACGACGCUCACCAACGUGUUGGGCUUCUACAUCGGCCUCACGAGCGAAUUCUUAUCAGUCCAGAUCUUCUGCCUGUACACCAGCACAGCCAUUUUAUUCUGCUUCCUGUACAACAUCACCUUCUUUGGAGCCUUUCUGGCCCUCAAUGGGAGGCGAGAAGGCGGGAACCGACACUGGCUGACAUGUUUGAAGAUCCCGCUUGAGAAGCCAGAGGGUAAAUCCAAGGCCUACGCCCUUUGCUGCACAGGAGGAGACUUUGACCGUCAGACUGGUACUGAAAAAGAGCAGCCAAUUAAUCAUUUCUUCAAAACGUACUACGGCCCCAUUCUUACCAAGACGCCAACCAAGGUGUGUGUGAUAUUCCUCUAUCUUGGGUAUCUUGCUGCUGGGAUUUACGGUUGCCUGCUUUUACAACAGGGGAUCGAAAUGAAACAUCUAGCAGCAGACGACUCCUACGUCAUCGACUUUUAUGAUGAUGAGAACAAGUACUUUUCCAGUUAUGGUCCAAAUGUCAUGGUGGUAGUGACUGAGGAGUUUCCAUACUGGGAUAUGUUCAGACGAUAUGAGCUUAGCCGCUGCAUGGAAGAGUUCAACAAGCUCGAUUUUAUCGACAAGGAUCUGUAUACCUCUUGGCUUGACUCUUAUGUGAAGUUUAACGAAGACACCGGAGAAGAUGUAAACAACGAGACCGUUUUUAAAACCAAUCUGCCAACAUUCUUUAACUUAAUCCAUGAGUUUGAGCAAGAUGUGAGCAUCAUAAAUGAGACAAUCGUUGCCUCUCGGUUUUUUGUGCAGACCAUAAACAUCACCAAUGCUAGUAUGGAGAUAACGAUGUUUAGCAAGCUUAAAAGUACAGCUGAAUACUGUAGAACGACAAAACUACUGGUGUUUCAUCCCAUGUUCAUCUACUUAGACCAGUACACCGUAAUCGUGAGCAGCACUAUUCAGAACGUAGGCGUCACUGCAGCGGUCAUGCUGAUCAUCUCACUUGUCUUGAUCCCCAAUCCUCUUUGCUCUCUCUGGGUCACGUUCUCCAUCGGCUCAGUCAUCACUGGGGUCGCGGGCUUCAUGGCGUUAUGGAAAGUCAAUCUCGACUCCAUUUCCAUGAUCAUUCUGGUCGUGUGUAUUGGUUUCACUGUUGACUUUUCAGCCCAUAUUUCCUACUCCUUUGUCUCGAGCAAGAAACCAACUGCCAACGAGCGAGCUGUCGAUGCCUUGUUUUGUUUGGGGUAUCCUAUACUGCAAGGCGCUUUGUCCACCAUAAUAGGCGUCUUGGUGUUAGCAGGCUCCAAGAACCACAUCUUUCGAACCUUCUUUAAAAUCAUGUUUCUUGUCAUGGUGUUUGGUUUGAUGCAUGGCAUUGUCUUCAUCCCGGUUUUCCUCACGUUGUUUUCCUGCAGUUCGAACAAACGUCAUGACAAUCCCAACACGUGCAACAAGGAACACUCGAGACAAAGUACAAGGACAGGACAGAUAAACACAUACACCACUCAAAAUUCUAACCAAUGGCCAGAAGGAACAACGAACCCUGACUGUCCGUAA